GCUUUUCCUCCAAGGGAAGCCGUUUGAACAUGCUCCCCACAUCCUGGUGGAGGAUGCGGUGGGCGCGAUUCGUGCCGGGCUCUACGCGGUGCCCUUUCUGCACCUGAACUCCCGCCGCUUCUUGGCCGGGAGCAGCUUCUGCCUGAGGGACCUCUUCCAGAGAUUGUUCCCAGAAAGCACCGUCCCUGAGGUCUUUGCUUCGUACUGCUGCAGCCAGUUCCUGGCCAGCCGGAACCGGCUCAUGGCCCAACCCCGGACCCUGUAUGCGCGGAUCGUGGACAUCCUGCUGGGCAAGAUACCCUUGGCCUGCGCGCAGGACAUCCACUACGACCCCCGGCCGCGCAUCGCCGUGUCCGCUCUCUUCGAGCACCUGUGGCAUGUGGUCCUCGGGGAGCCGCCCCUUCUGCCGCCAAGGCGCAGCAAUACGCAGCUUCCGCUCUUCGCCCGCCUGGACGUGAGCGAGGGAGCGCUGCCGGAUCCGCUUGACAGCUGA